UGCAGCCCAACUGGUGUUCUCCUCGCCUAAACAAAUAGCUUCGGCUUGGAAAUUGCGACUCUGAGCAGCCUAGGGUUUUGCUGAGGUUUUGGAGAGCCGGCGACUUGCAUAGAGGUUUUACUCAAUGGGACUACCAAGUAAAAAAUCAACCUUACUAACUGAGAAUUCAGAGGAAGAUGAUAAUGUAAUGGAUGAUCUUAGGGAGGAAGAGUCUGAAUCUGGGUCGGAAUCAGAAGAGGAAGAUGUGAAGUUGGCCGAGCCUUCGAAGAACUCUAUAUACAAUAGGGAUGGCCUCAUUGAGAAACUUCAAGAUAUCAGCUGGCCAGAAAACGUUGACUGGAUGCACAAGCUUUCCUUUGAUAUUGACCAAGAGAAAGAGGUGGAUGUGAAUGAUGACCUGGCAAGAGAGCUUGCUUUCUACACACAGGCAUUGGAGGGGACAAGGUUGGCGUUUGAGAAGUUUCAGUCAAUGGGGCUACCUUUCCUUAGGCCUCCUGACUAUUAUGCAGAGAUGGUUAAAACAGAUGCCCACAUGCAUAAGGUGAAGGGCAGGCUUUUGGCACAAAAGAGACAGAUUGAAGAGGCUGAGGAGAGAAGGAAGGCUAGAGAGGCCAAGAGAAUUGCUAAAGAGGUUCAAGCUGAGAAGUUGAAAGAAAGAGCUAAGCAGAAAAAACAAGAGAUUGAAUCAGUUAAGAAGUGGAGGAAGCACAGGCAGCAGAGUGGCUUCCCUGCAGGUGGCAAAGAUAGUGAGCUAGACUUGGGUUUCGAAGAUGGUAAAGCAUUUGAGAGGUCAGGCAAGAAAAGGCCAGGGGUGUUUCCAGGGGAUCGCUCUGGAGGGAAGGCAAAGCAAGGUGGUGGAAAGGGUAAGAAUGGAAAAAACAGGGAGUUCAGGAAUUCAAAGUUUGGAUUUGGAGGGAGGAAAGGUUUGAAGAAGCAGAACACUGCUGAAACCACGAAUGAUCUGAGAGGCUUCAGUAAAGGCAGUGUUGCAGGAAAUAAGAAAAGGAGAAGGUGAUAACAGCUAGGACCUGUCCUCACUCCUGGGCUUUUCAUUUUUGCUUUUAUGUAAACUUUAAGCUGUUGGUUCAUCUUUAAGUAUUAAUUUUCUUUUUGAUGUUCGCGUUGAGUAAUGGUAGUUUGAAGUCGUGAUAUUAGUUAACUAUAUUUUCUGGCUGGAAUUUACAAAGAAAAUUAUCCUAUAUA